AUGCGGAUCGCAUUGUCGUUCGCCGCCGUUUCGGCCUCGAUCGCAGCAGCCGCCAGCCCCACUAACACUGUCGCGCCGCUUUUUGCGAUAACCCCAACACCACCGAGUCCCACUUGCACACUGUCAAUUUGCGCAGACUACAUCAACUCGUGUGGCCGUUGGUAUGGGGGCUGCUACGCGGCGUGUCCGGGUUACACAACCCCGUCAUUCACAGACCCCGGAUGUCCUACGACCUCGCGAGCAGUGAGCGCGACGCCGACGACUUGCACCACGACGCUGUGCGCCGACUACAUCAAUAAUUGUGGUUUGAUGUACGGCGGCUGCUUCCCCGCUUGCUCAGGCUACACUAUACCCUCUUUUGCUGACCCCGGUUGCCCAACGUCUACCCCUUACCAUAUCGGCAUCACUGUGGCUCGUAAAUAAUGGGGAUACCGGGACCAAAGAUACCUGCUGUGGAGUCUGGUGCAUAUAGCCCGAAAGGUUGAUACCAAGCCACUGCAAUCUUGAAGGAAAUGUAUGGGCAUCGGGGAAGCUCUGCCUUUGUUUAUUUUGGGAGACCUGGCUCAGAAGUGACCGGAUUGAAUUUAAAACUAUUUACAAAG